AUGGCUCCGAACCCAGAGAAAGAAGAGUCUUCACUGGAGGCUGCACCGACGGAUAUCGCCCCCGAGACACCGCCCAGCUUCCCUCCUGAGCAGCCUGCAUCAGCGGCUCCGUUACCAACCCCCCCACAAGGGCCGGAAUGCCCGUCUUCCGAAAGGUCUGAAACUCCAACACCAAACACAGCCACAAGCACAGAUGAUGACCUUGGAACCGAGGAGGUUGCAGACACAGGCAUCCAAGCCAGCAUAUCUCCGGGAAGACCGCAUGAUAUGAGCACAGCCCCGCAGCUACCGCAGCCCCACCCACCCAUUUCGGACACAUCCAGCUGUCCGCCGUCCUCCGAUCGACUAAACACCACCUUAGUUUUGGCAGCCUUUCUGGUUGGUACGGCGUUCGGUUGGGCCCUAUCAACUUUGGUCUCCUUCAGCCGUGUCCGCACCGCCAAAGCUGCAGCACCACAGGCGAGCUCAGCGGCUUUUAUUUCAGGCCCACUAGCAACCACAUCCAUCUCCACAGAAAACCAGGCUCCCGUUAAUCCGCUCAGAACCGAACUCGGGCCACAUGGGUUGUCUACAGCUCACGUGGAUGAUGCGUUGACCCAGAUGACAACGGCUGGGAACGCACCGGAUAAGCCUAGCUCCCUUCCGGCACAGUACUGCACUCAGCAACUUCGGCCGUCUCAGCCUCCUCGGCCAGCGGCCUCAGAGCGGUCGUUGUCGCGGUUGGGUAGUCAUGGACCAAGCCUACCGCCCAAGAAGCGACAUUCGCAGAUCCGACACCGGCAAGCCUGCUCCACUUUGACGGGGGGUUCAACCGUAGCACCAUCACAGUCGAUGACAUCGAUCGCCGCUGCUUCCCCAGAGCGCAGUGUUAAUUUCUGCGACAGGAGCGAGCGUCGCCGCAGUUGCGACUCUGUUUGCUGGGCUCCUGAGGCCAUGGCAUCGACCGCCACGACGACGACGAAGACAUCUUCGACAGUGAUUCUGGCACCGCCGGGGGCCCAUAGUGAUGCCGGCGCCGUGGAUGGCGGCAGGUUCAUGGGAUCUGCGCCUCCCUGGUGUAUGGGGACCGACGGUAUGGUCACGGCCCGACCUGGAGCCGCGACGGCGGCAACGGUAGCGGCGUCAGCGAGUCAAGAAUGCUCCUCUUCAGGCGUUGGCCAUCAGCCGUUAUCUGGGCCUUCCGGCUGCGGUGUUUUCGAAGCCGGCAGCGGCGGCAUGUGCGGAGGAUUUACGGAUGGUAGUCGUGGGCCCGGACUACAUCAUCCUGAGUUAUCCAGGUGCUACUUGUCACGCCCUUACUACGAGGGCGCCAUGAUGUCAGGUGGCAGCUACCCCGCGACGACUCACAGCGUCGCCGAUCGGCAGAUGUCCAUGCAGCACUUGCAGCAGCAAAUGAUGAUGCAUCAAGCUUUCCUCGCCUACGGACCUACGGGCGGGGAGCUCAUGGCCGCGCAGAUGGCGGCUCACACGGCAACCAUGUGCGCUGUGCUGCAGCAGUUAAGCGCCUUCAGCGCGCCCAUCGUGGAAAUGGUGGCGACUGUGAAGGAGCACACCUGCACCAUGCAGCAGCACCAGCAUACCAUGGUGGAGCACAUGAGCCGGCUGGAGGACAACACCGACACCGUGGGCAAGCUAGGGGCCAAUGUGCAGGAGGGCACGGGGCUGAUACGUCAUUUCGUACAGGGACAGCAUAUGGACGAGCAGAGGGGACAGAUGGCGGCGGCCAUGCAGCGUGGCAUGGUCUUCAUGUGGGUGACACUGGCCUUCUGCUCCCUCCGGCUUGGCCGCUGGGCGGCGGUGGCAAGGGUCUGCUCCCCGGACCACCUCGCGCGUCUACACGACUUCCCGCCCACCUCCUCCUUUGACGGCGCCCGGCGGCCCUUUAGCGUUUGGCGAGUGGCGAGCUGGGGUCUGGGAAUCCCUGGCAGCGGCGGCAGUGGCGGCGCUGGCCUCAGUUGGGGUCUGGCAUGGGCCUGGGACCAGCUGCGGGGUAUGCUGCUGUUCCGGCUGUGGCCGAACUGGCUGCGUACGGCGUUUUGCUACGGCAACGAACUGGGUGCGUGGGUGGGGGCCUGGGCUUGGGGGCGGAUGGGGUGA